AUGGCCUCAGAAGGUAAAAACAAUAUUCUAAUUUCAGAAGCAUUGCCAGGAACAUGGUUGUACUCCCACUCAUUCACUACAUUGCACCAUUCCUUGAUAUACGAGCUCAUUAGUUCAGUUCCAACUCUUGUCACUACUAUUUCCAUCCUUGCCACAUCUUACUCAUUGACUGCUUCUGGUUUCAAUUUGAAGAACUUUCUUGAUUCUGCUGUUGUGACUAUUGACAAUGUAAAGGGUAAUGAGCUAUUUCCUCCAUCUGUCUUUUCUUUCAAUCUUAGAAAGUUUAUGCCAAUGGAAGAAGAUGAGUAUGCUCAUCUACUUGAGUACUACAAAACAGCAUACAACAAUACUUCACUGAAAAGUUACAGGCAGGCAGUCUUUGCAAUGUUUCAUGAAAACAAUGGCCAUGAAAUGAGUGCCUUUACUGGCCAAAUUCAAUAUCUUUUUGUCAGUGACAUCAUCAAUCUUGUGACAUACCAAGCAGAUAGGCAUGUAUUUGCUUAUGUUAGAUGA